UAUGUCGCCUGCCAGCAGCCCGGCUAAAGCAGAUCAGACUGAGGACACUUGAGGAAUGGCCUCUGGACGGGAUGAAUCCAACACAACCAGGAAUCUGACCAACCAGUUCGUGCAGCCGGCGUGGCGCGUGGCGCUGUGGUCGGUGGCGUACAGCACGGUGCUGGCGGUGGCGGUUUUCGGAAACUUGAUUGUGAUGUGGAUUAUUCUGGCGCACAAGCGGAUGAGAACCGUCACCAACUAUUUCCUGCUGAACUUGGCUUUUGCUGAUGUGUCGAUGGCUGCGUUCAACACGCUCGUCAACUUCAUCUACGCGACGCACGGAGAGUGGUACUUUGGAGAGGUGUACUGCAGGUUUCACAACUUCUUCCCGGUCACCGCUGUGUUCGCCAGCAUCUACUCCAUGACCGCGAUAGCCCUCGACAGGUACAUGGCCAUCAUCCACCCCCUGAAGCCUCGUCUGUCGGCAAAGGCCACUAUGGGAGUUAUCGUCUGUAUCUGGAGUCUGGCCGUAGUUCUGGCCUUCCCUCUCUGCUACUACUCCACCACCCGAGCUCUGCCCCAGAGGACCCUGUGCUACGUGGCCUGGCCCCGAAUGGCUGGUGACCCCCUCAUGUAUCAUAUCAUAGUUACAGUUCUGGUCUACGUGCUGCCCCUAGUGGUGAUGGGCAUCACUUACACCAUCGUGGGCAUCACUCUGUGGGGAGGAGAGAUCCCAGGAGACUCAUCUGAUAACUAUCAUGGACAGCUCAGGGCUAAAAGGAAGGUGGUGAAGAUGAUGAUCAUCGUGGUGGUGACCUUUGCCCUCUGCUGGCUCCCCUAUCACGUCUACUUCAUUGUGACGGGUCUAAACAAGCAUCUGAGCAGAUGGAAGUACAUCCAGCAGGUCUACCUGUCAGUGCUGUGGCUGGCAAUGAGCUCCACCAUGUACAACCCCAUCAUCUACUGCUGCCUCAACAGCAGGUUCCGGGCCGGCUUCAAGCGGGCUUUCCGCUGGUGUCCCUUUGUCCAGGUGUCAAGCUACGAUGAGAUGGAGCUCCGAAACACAAGACAUCGACCGGGUCACCAGAGCAGCAUGUGCACUCUCUCUCGGGUCGACACCAGCAUCCUCAGCAAGGACAAGAGCAUUUGUUCUCGUGGACGUAGGUCAAGACUUAACUCUGAGCUCAAUAAUAAAGACAGUUAGUUGUCUUGACUGGACGCAGUCCAGCUCUAGGAUUAUUUUAACAGAUUAUAUUGAGCUGAGAAAUGCUGAUUGGACUGUUGAUAGUGUUAAUUAACUCUGAUGGGUGUGGUAAACGUUUUGAAGUCUGGGCAUAGUGUCUCUGAUGAUGUGACACACAGCUCACGGAGGCAAUUCAGGACAUGACACACAUAGUUUUAGAUACAGUGUGACUUACACUUUCCAAGGACAUUAUUAUCUCACAUGUUCAUCACGAAUAAUGUUCAUAAACCCUUGUUAACCCUUAAAAAUCAUAGAAAUAAGAUGUUAUUUAUAACUGCAGAACUUGCCUGGGAAUCAUCAAGUUUUUGAGUUUUAUUCAAUACUAGUCCAUACCCGGGGAUGUGUUAUGUAUAGAGGAAUAAGAAAUCAAAAACAGUGUAUUAGAGGAGAUGCAAAAUCAGAGCACUGUAAAUGCACUGUGUAAUAAAUGUUACUGUAAGACAAACAAUGCACACUGUAUUUAGAAACAUGCUUUAUGGCAAAAUACACUGCUCAAAAA